GGACUCCUUUUCAUUUACUAGACAAUACCUCUCCUAGCCCAGCUAUGCCACAUACCUAUCCCAACUUUCCUAGCCCAGCCAUGCCUUCCACUGGCCCAACUUGCCCCGGCCCACCCUCUCCUGGCCCAACUUCACACCAAACUACCACACCCACCAGCCCCACACCUAUUGCACCCACCAGCCUUCUCCCGGUCUCUGCCUCCAUCGUUCCCAGCCCUGUGCCACCUCCUGCCGUCUCCUCGUCCCCGUUCCUGCCAGAUCUGCAUUCCACAUCACCAUCCUGCGGUGUUGCGCCUCUUGCUUCCGCCCGAUCUGGGUUUGGGCCUGAUGCUUCUCUCUCCGCUGCUUCCAUUGGUGAUUGCACUGGUUCUGAUGAUUGCUCUGUUUCGGCUCCUGCUGCUACCCUGUCUUCUUCUGUUCCCUCUACUUCCUCGACUAAUGUUCCUCGGCGCACCCAUGGUAUGGUGACUCGUUCACAGGCCGGUGUUAGGAAGCCAAAGAUCUUGCCAUCUUUGCUUCAUACAUCUACUGAUUUACAGGAGCCCAGGACUUUUAAGCAAGCUUGUAAUCUUCCAGAGUGGCAACGGGCUGUGCAAGAGGAAUUUUUGGCUCUACAGCGCAAUCACACUUGGGUUUUAGUUUCUCCUCCCUCCAGUGCUAAUAUUGUGGGAUCCAAAUGGGUAUAUCGUAUUAAACAGCGAGCUGAUGGCAGUAUUGAGCGUUAUAAGGCUCGACUUGUAGCGCAAGGGUAUACACAGCAGCCUGGGAUUGAUUAUGAUGAGACUUUCAGUCCGGUGGUCAAGCCGUUACCAUUCGCACAGUUCUUACACUUGCUAUUUCCAAGUCUUGGCCAAUUCAUCAACUUGAUGUUAAGAAUGCCUUUCUCAAUGGGUAUUUAUCUGAGCCUGUUUAUAUGUCUCAACCACCUGGAUUUGUUGAUCCGCAGUAUCCAGAUCGUGUUUGCCUUCUCCAACGAGCUCUUUAUGGCAUAUUCUGAUUGCUCUAUGUUUUUAUAUCGCUCAAAUGCAUCUUUUAACCCUGAUGGUCUUUUUCUUUGUCAAACUAAGUAUAUAUUUGAUUUGUUGGCUCGCACUGGAAUGUCUGAUUGUAAUGCUGCUGCUACUCCUCUGUCACCAAGGCAAAAAUUGGCUGCUUGUGAUAGUCUUCCUUAUUUGGAUUCCACUCAGUACCGUAGCAUAGUGGGUGCCUUACAAUACCUGACAUUUACUCGUCCUGAUAUUGCUUUUACGGUUCAUCAAGUUUGCCAGUAUAUGCAUGCUCCGACUCAAAAUCAUUUUCAAGCAGUAAAACGGAUACUUCGGUAUUUGAAGGGUAUUGCUCAUUAUGGUCUCCAGUUAUUUAAGGCAUUCUCCCCUUCGUUGCAUAUUUAUACUGAUGCUGAUUGGGCUGGUUGUUUGGAAAGUCGGCGUUCUACUUCAGGCUACUGUUUGUUUUUUGGCAAAUCCCUCAUUUCUUGGUCUUCUAAAAAGCAGAAUAUUGUUGCUAGAUCUAGUGUUGAGGCUGAGUAUCGUGCUAUGGCUAAUGCCGUUGCUGAGGUUGUUUGGGUUCAACAAUUAUUGGCUGAGUUACAAGUAUUUCUCUCUUCUGCUCCUAUUGUUCUUUGUGAUAACAUCAGUGCUCUCUAUUUGGCUCUCAAUCCUAUACAGCAUCAGUGAACCAAACACAUAGAGAUUGAUGUUCAUUUUGUUCGGGAACAGGUUGCUUCUCGUGCCAUUCUUUUGCAGCAUGUCCCCUCCUCUUUACAAUGUGUUGAUAUUUUUACUAAAGCUUUAUCAUCCAC